AUGGCUGGUGCUGCCUCGAAAUCAGGAAGCAGCAUGCCCGGUGGAUGGGGGAAGGGAGAAGAUAAGAAGUCAACAUAUUCGGUCGAGCAAGAUAUUCAAGACCAUGGCGAGAACCUCGUUGCCGGCGUCAUUGGCAAGACGGGCGAGGUAGUUGACGAGACCGGCAAGACCGUCGGUAAGGUUACGGAAGGCGAAGCUGGCGACCUCGUCGGCAACGUCGUGACGGCGACCGGCGACAUCAUCGGCAAGGACGGCGGUGUCAUCGGCAAGGCUCUGCCCCUGGGCGAGUUGACCGAGAGCGUCGCUGGUGGUGAGAGCAAAGAGGGCGGCGGCUUCAGCGUCAUGGGCGCCACCAAGGGCGUCAAGGGCAUCGUCGACACCGUCGACGGCACUGUUCAGACCGUCAACAGGACACUACCACUCGUCGGUGAUCUGACGAAGGGCAUUGGCCUGGGUGAAGGUCAGGGCGGUGUUCUCGGCGGCGUCACCGGCGGCGAUGGUCAGGGCGGUCUCUUGGGAGGUGUCCUUGGCGGCCAGGACCAGAAGUCGCAAUCCGGCAUCCUCGGCGGUACACUUGGCAGUGUGGUCGGCGGCAAGAGCGAGAAGGAAGGCGAGCAGUCCGGACUUCUUGGAGGUGUCUUGGGCGGCACCGAGCCCUUGGAGCAUGACGACAACGUCACCGAGAAGGACGAGAAGCUCACCCAGCUUCUCUCCAACAGGCCAGACGACCCGGAGGACAAGAUUUCCCUCACCGAGGACGCGAAGAGGAGCCUUUUCGAAGUCAACGACAAGACCUCAGAGGUUGCACCCGUGAACCUCCAGGACAACACCCCUCAAGAACUCAAUGGCAAGCUCACCACCGGAGACAACACCCAAUCGGAGACUGAACCAUCCCAAGCUGACAAGACUGAGCUUACAGCACCCUCCACUGUUGGCGACAAGUCUCAGUCAGACCUCAACGAGGUUGAGCCGGAACCGUACGAAGAUGACGACACUGGCACCGCGAGACCCCAGGACUUCCAGGACGAUGCGACCGAACAGGCCGAGUCGUACAGAGAAGAUGCAACUCAGAAGACCCCAACGGUCGGCGACGAUGCCACUGAGAGGGCCACAGCCGACAUCCCCGUCUCCCAGAUUCCCUUCACUGAUGCCGAAGGCACCGAGAGGGCUCCCACCGAGAAGACCGCCACCGAGAAGACCCGCACGGUUGACAACGACGACAACACCACUGAGAGGGCCACGGCCGACAUCCCAGUUUCUCAGAUUCCCUUCACCGAUGCCGCUGGCACCGAGAAGGCUCCCACCGACAAGGCCCCCACCGUCACAUUCCAAGAUGACGAUGAGUACUACGAUGACUUCAAGUCGCGUGUCCCUGAUGACAUUGCAACUCUCGACAUCCCCGUCUCCCAGAUCCCAUUCGACCUCAAGAGCGAACUUCCCGAAGACUUGCAGACGGCCGACAUCCCAGUAUCCCAGAUUCCUUUCGAGGAGAUGUCCAAGCUACCCACGGACCUGAUCUCCAGACUCCCCGAGGGCUUGCAGGGCACCAACGUCACUGAUUUCGCCAACCAGUCUCAGCUCCCAGCCGAUGAGGCGGAGACUGGCGACUACCCCCAGUCCCAGUUGCCCGAGGAUGCGCAGACUGGCGAAGUCCCGGCUACCGAGGCCGGCGAGACCAUCAAGACCGCUCAGACUGGUCAGACCGGACAGACUGGCAAGUCCCAGAUCAAGGAGGACACCCGCAGCGUUCUCAGCACAAUCCGCUCCGCCAUCCCCGAGGAUCAGCGAACCGUCACGGUUGCCGGUGACAAGCUUCUCAAGCCUUUCGAGAAGUUCCCUGGCGCGGAAGUCGAUGACGAGGGCAAGAUUAUCUUCCAAGACGCCUCCAUUGGUAGAGUCGCCGACGGUGACCCUGCCGACUUGGCUGGACACGUCAUUGAUGCCGAGGGCAACAUCGUCAACGAGCGAGGCAGCAUCAUUGGCAAGGCCGAGCUCAAGACUGAGGUUGCUGAGGAGUUGUUGAAGGACACUAUCGACUACUCCGUCCUCAAGGGUGCCAAGGUCAACAAGGCAGGCAACCUCGUCAACGACAAGGGUGAAGCCAUUGGUCGCGUCGUCUCCGGCAUUCUCAAGCAUCUCGUAGGCCGCAGGGCUAACGAGAAGGGUGAGAUCUGGAACGAUUCUGGCAAGGUCAUUGGCCAGGCCGAGCCCAUCCCUGAGACUGAGCGUGAGGAGCUCAGCGAGCCCGCUCCGUUUGAAGACUUCCCCGGCGCUACUGUCGAGUCUGACGGCAAUGUCUACUACGAGGGUCAGAUUGUCGGUCGCGUCAUUGACGGCGACCCGAAGAAGCUCAAGGGCAAGAAGGUCGACGACGAUGGUGACAUCCUCGACCGCAGCGGCAACACCAUCGGCAAGGCCGAGCGAUGGGAGCCCGAGCCCGAAGCGGAACCCGAACCGGAGCCGGAGGUCGUCAUUGACCGUUCCAUCCUUGCUGGCAAGCGUGUCAACAAGGCCGGCAACGUCGUUGACACCAACGGCACCAUCUUUGGCCGUGUGAUCGAGGGCGACAUCAAGCGCCUUGUCGGUCGCAUGUGCGACAAGGAGGGUAACAUCCGCAGCGAGUCCGGCGACAUCCUCGGCAAGGCUGAGCUGGUGCCCGAGGGUGAGCGCGAAGGCUUCAAGGAGGGCCCUUUCGCCGAGCUUCCUGGCUGCACCGUCAACAAGGAGGGCCAUGUCGUUACGCCCGGCGGCGACAUUGUCGGUCGCCUGACCCACGGUGACCCUAAGGUUCUUUUCGGCCGUGCCGUCGACGAGGAUGGAGACAUCCUGGACCGCAACGGUAACCAGCUUGGCAAGGCCGAGCGCUGGGAGCCUGAGCCCGAGCCUGAGGUCGAGAAGAAGAAGGGUCCCAUGGCUGGUCGCAAGGUCAACCGCCAGGGUGAGGUUAACGACGAGGAUGGAAACAUCAUCGGCAAGCUCACCACUGGCGAACUGUCCAUCUGCGCUGGCAAGGAGAUUGAUGACGACGGAGAUGUUGUCGAUUCCAAGGGUCGCACUGUCGGCCACUGCUCGCUGAUCGAGGACAUUCCAGAGCCCGAGGUUGAGGAGCCUGAGGAGGAUCCCGCCGAAGUCAAGGCCCGCGAGGAGGCUGAGGCUGACCGCAAGUUGGCGAGAUCUCUUGGUGCCGUCAUCGAGCAAGGUCUUGACCGUAUGCGUCCCAUCUGCAAGAUGAUUACGCAGAAGGUCGAGAAGGCCGAGCGCACCCCCAAGGAGGAGCUUGAUGAGGAGCAGCUCGUCAAGGAUGUCAAGCCUCUCAUCGAGGAGGGUGGCAAGAUCCUGAGCGAGUUGAACGGCAGCGUUCGUGCUCUUGACCCCGAUGGCAGAAUCCAGCGCAACGCCAAGCACAGAGCUGGUACUCGCGAGGCUUCUCCCGAGGAGCACCACCUCGCCGAGGUCCUGAAGGAGUUGACUGGCUCCAUCACCGAGACUGUCGACGCUGCUAAGCGUAAGAUCGACGACAUGCCUCACGCCAAGAAGGAGUUGAACCCCCUCUGGGGUCUCCUCACCGAGCCUCUUGGCCAAAUCCUCGCUGCCGUCGGUCUCCUGUUGGCCGGUGUUCUCAACCUCGUUGGCCGCCUUCUUGGCGGUCUUGGUCUCGGCGGUAUUGUUGAUGGCCUGUUGGGCACUUUGGGACUCAAUCGUGUGCUCGAAGGCCUUGGUCUCGGCAGCUUGACGACUGCCCUUCGUGGCGGGAAGAAGAAAUAA